UCCCGAUAAGCCCGGUAAUUGCUCUAAUGGGAUUUCAGGAACGCAUCGUUUAGGGCAUCGAACCACGAGCCCAUCUUUCUCGCUCUCUAGAUAUUCUCGCUCUUUCGCCUCUCUCUCCUUCUUCAGAAAUUCUCGCUAUUUCGCCUCUCCCUCCCUCCCUCUUGUAGGAAUCUCUGGAGAGAAAGAGAAGCGCAUGUUGGAAGGAAUUCAACGAAUCUCCAGCUGAAAUCCUUCGAUUUCGGUCGAAAUCAACGGCUGUUAAUGGCGGUUUCAUGUCCGGAGCUGAAUCGCUUUCUAUCUUUUUCUUGAGUAGAGAUCGGAAGAGGAAAAUGCAGAUCGCUUCGAGCUAUCAAGCUUAAAUCUCCGGGACAAAAAGUCUCCGACUGGAGGUGAAAUUGGGGCAGGAGCUAGGAAGCUUUCGAUCUACUGCAAGAGAUAGCAUCUGAGCUGAAAUCUCUGAAAUUUGAGGAUUUAGGAGGCUUGUAUUCUCAGUAAAAGGCUUUGACCAUUAGCUUAUAUCUCAGAAAUUCAAGGCAAGCAAAAGGAUCAGAUCGAGCUGCAAAAACCGCAGAGGGGAAUUCAAGGCUAAGACGAGCGAAAGGAAAUGCAAGAAAAGCACAACUCAUCUCUCCAGGCGUGCUUUUGAAAGUACUGCAAAAAGCUUACAGUCUCCGCACCCUCGAACGCGAUAUCUCGACCGCUAAAAGAGCCUUUUAUCAUCAUCCCUCUCUCUCCUUCUGAAUAAAAAGUACUACAGAACCCCCCCUCCCCCCUCAUCAAUGCAAAGGACAGAAAACUCUACGCCUCCUUUCUCUUGAAGAAGAAAGAUCCAGAUCUUGGAGAAAGAGGGAGAUAGGGAGAGGUAUGAAAGCGGCAUGGAGGUGGAGGAGAUCCAGACGCAGUCGCGCAAGCGGUGGAGAAUCGGGAACGGGAGAGACGAAGGGAAGAUAGAAGAAGACGACGAUGACGGAGAAUGCGGGAUUGGCGAAGGUGAUGGAGAGAAAGGAGGAGACAAGGGCCGGCUCCUGGCGUGGCAAUCGUCCAGGAUUUUCAGGGUUUCAAGGAAUUCCGGGGGAAAGGAUCGACACAGCAAGGUGCUGACUGCGAAAGGGCUGAGGGACCGCCGUGUCCGCCUCUCGGUUUCGACGGCGAUCCAGUUCUAUGAUCUUCAAGACCGUCUAGGCUACGAUCAGCCGAGCAAGGCCGUGGAAUGGCUGAUAAAUGCUGCUGCCGAUGCUAUUGCUGAGCUUCCGUCGCUUGAUGGUGCGUUCCCCCCCACACCAAAGCAAGCCAGCGACGAGAAGCGGGUUGAGCCCGAAAUCGGAAAACAGCACCAGAUGCAGCAACAACAGCAGCAGCAGCUGCUUUCACUAACGAAAUCAACCUGCAGCAGCACUUCGGAGACAAGCAAGGGAUCUGUCUUGUCUCUCUCCCGAUCGGAGAUCCGCGUCAAGGCCCGAGAGCGGGCCAGAGAAAGAGCUGCAAAAGAGAAGGAGAAAGAGAAGGAAUCAAACUCAAAUAUCCCCCAACAGCACAAUCAAAACCAUAAUUCUCAAAGCUCCUUCACUGAACUCCUGACUGGCUGCAACAACAACAACAACCACAGCCACGACGAUGACAAUGAUGCAUCCAUGGCUGCUGCAGCAGCAGCCCAACAAACCCCAAAUCACAAUUUCAUGCACAAGCAAUUCCGUCAAUUCCCUCCUUCCACGGAUUACUUCGGCCAAGCUAGUUCAAUCUUCGCCCCGGCAGCAGCAAAAUCCCACCAAUCUUCUGGCUUUGCUAGCCAAGCGAAAUCCCACCAAAAUUCUGGCUUCACAAGCCAAAACCAGUUCUCGAACCCUCAGCUGGGCACAGUGCCGUUAGGUGUCACCGCCACCGGGGGCGAUCACCACCCGGAGCUGCAGCAGUUUGCUUUCUUGCAAGAUCAUCUUGUCCCUGUGGCCGCCACUGCCCCGAACGACUACAAUCUGAAUUUCGCGAUCUCUUCCAGCCUCGCUGGUUUCAAUAGGGGGACCCUUCAGUCCAAUUCACCGUCUCCGUUGUUGCCUCACUUACAGAGGUUUCCUUCUUCGGUUGUCAUCGACGGCCCACCACCGAACGUGCCAUUCUUCAUAGGGGCCGCCGCCGCCGCAUCUGCUGCAAGCGGUGGGGCCGAUAGUCAGUUCCCAGCUGGGUUUGAUGGCCGCCUGCAGCUCUGCUACGGGGAUGGGUGCAGGCAUUCAGACCUGAAGGGAAAAGGGAAGAGCUGAAACCAUAGGAAUAGCUGCUGCUGCUGCGGAAACCCUCGCUCGCCUUCUUCCUUCCUGGUGUGCAGGACCUCUUUUUGCCGAAUACGGAGCUCGACUGUGCCACGUGAGCGGGUCCACCUUGGAAGGAAUAGGCAAAGAGGACGAGCAGCAGCGGCAGUGGUAAAAAGCAUAAAGAUGUGGGGCGCCUUCUCCACCCACCUGAGGCAACAAACUACAACUUUUAUUUAGGUAUUAAAAAUAUAUAAAUAUCAUAUCAUUAUUUUCUUCUGCUCCAUUUUUAUUUUGAUGACUUUGCUUUUACGUAAAUGGAGUGAUGAUUUAUAUGCCCGCCCGCUUUGGGGCCCACGCAACGCGUACUCGACUUGAUUUGAUGGUUUUUCCUUUUAUAAUUUGAUUAUUAGUUUUCUCUUGCAA